AUGCAUGGCCCUGCGAAGGGCUGGGGGCCCAGAACGAUUCGUCGACAUGUCACCCUUUGGGCAAAGGGCAAGGUCAGUCUACGACGUUGCGCGAAUUCAUCAGACACGCCGCUUUUCAGCGGUCUUCGGGGCAAGGCGGGACAUGAGGACAACGGCGCCGAACGGUAUAUGGCGUUUCCUGGAGAGCGGAACGCUUGUAAAGCUAGCAAAGCGGAAAGAAGACGUUGUCUCACUUCGUCCCAGAUACUUGGCACCUUUGUCCGUGCCGAUUGGGCGGCCUACGACUUGUCUCCUUGCAAGGACGAAGAACCCGACGCCGUGGAUGAAGUUCAAGGUGUUCGCGGAGAGCGACUAACUUGCGGAGUACGAUCAAUCGGCUCGCCAUCGCUCAAGCUUCCAAUCGUCCAACGCAGGAAAUUUGGACGACAGAUGCCCACCAUAUGCUACCGAGCCGGCAUGGAAAGCUACCUUCUGGAACACGGGAAACGAGAGAGGACGCAAUUGCCUAGUCUAGUAUCGAAGACGCCGGCGGUUCACGCCAGUGUCGAAGGCGUGACGCCAGCAAACACCACGGAACACCCACGCAACACACAAAAUGCCAAGCGACAGAGAUAG